AUGCGGUCAGAAUAUAACAUGGCUGAUCGACUCACCAUCGAUGUCGAAUGCCCACCGUUGGGUACCAGUACAUGUUCCAGCUUCUCACCAAUGGACUCACCUACACCGACUCCUACCUCUCUUUAUAGUCAGGGCUCUUUGGCCUCGCCUGGGUGGCAUGAGGGUCACGGUUAUCCUCAUGGACUUGAGGCUCCUAGAAAUUCGACGCCAUUGAGAAGCAGCUUCCGCCUGGCUGAUAUAACAGCAGGAGAUGGCAUCAUGUCUCAAUACGACAACGUCGACGGACACGAGCGAAUUCCACUCUUUGAUUAUAUUCCAGGAUACACAGAUAAUGUUGAAUCGUUCUGGGUUCCCCAGGACCUGUCGAAGUCCUUUGACCAGACGACUAACUUUCCUUGCCCGCCUCAAAUGGUUCAGCCAUACCCUCAAAUGGCCCGCAACUACUACCGAAAUAACCAAGCCAGCUAUCUACCUGAGUCGGCAUCUAACCCGUGCCUGUCUCGUCCAAUCUUUCAACAAAACGAUCGUCUGCCGAACUCCAUGUCAAUGAGCAACAUGGCUCAGUGGAUGCCUUCAGCGGAUAUGAUGCAGCCCCAGACUAUAACACCAGCUCAGGCGUUCCCCCAGCCGAUGACUCCCCCGUCCUCAUACGCCGGCUUUCCAGGAUCCGCCAAUACACUUCGGACUCACACACCUGUGACGCCAGUUCGAUCAUGCUCUAUGGGCUCGGGAACAGAGACUCCCAUGUCACGCCUUUCCGGUGGUCCCAGUGACCACACAGACGAAGAAUGGAUCUCGCCAGGUAUGAGAGAGAGUCUACGACACCGCCAGCCUCAACGACAACUCUCCCGAAAGACACUCAAGAAGUCACUAUCGAAGCAAAGUCUGAAAUUAGAGAACCUCCCAUCCAUCAUCAAACAAGUCCAAUUCCGAUGCAAGGAGCCCGGCUGCAAAGGCCGCUUCAAGAGACAAGAGCACCUCAAGCGUCAUAUGAAGAGCCACUCGAAGGAGAAGCCUCAUGUCUGCUGGGUUCCAGGCUGCAACCGCGCCUUCUCGCGCAGCGAUAACCUCAACGCUCACUACACCAAGACUCAUAGUAAGCGUGGCGGACGUAACCGUUAUGUUGCCACACUUGAUGAAACCAGUCCUGACUACGAUCCCGAAUUCCGUGGUCAAUUGACACCCGAUGGACGUCCAAUUUACGGGUCUAAGUUGGAUGACCCCAUCCCAAUGGAUAAUGACAUGGACGCCGAGUGGGAUGAGUGA